AGAGCUAAUUGACCAAUGAGAUCCGCGGGGCGGGAUCCUUUGCCGCGGCGGAGUCCAAGAUGGCGGCGUGCGGUUCCGCUGUGUGAAACGAGCGCGGGGUGGCGGGUUAAUCAGCUCCUCGGAGGCGACCUCCGACUACCCGCAACAAUGAAAGGAAAAGAGCGCUCGCCAGUCAAGCCCAAACGCUCUCGUGGUGGUGAGGAAUCGACUUCCCGCGGGGAGCGGAGUAAGAAGUUAGGGGGCUCUGGUGGCAGCAACGGGAGCAGCAGCGGCAAGACCGACGGCGGCGGCGGGUCGCGGCGGAGCCUUCAUCUGGACAAGUCCAGCAGCCGAGGUGGCAGCCGCGAGUAUGACACUGGUGGGGGCAGCUCCAGUAGCCGCAUGCAUAGUUACAGCUCCCCUAGCACCAAAAAUUCCUCGGGCGGGGGCGAGUCGCGCAGCAGCUCCCGGGGUGGAGGCGGGGAGUCACGUUCUUCUGGUGCCGCCUCCUCAGCUCCUGGCGGAGGAGACGGCGGGGAGUACAAGACCCUGAAGAUAAGCGAGUUGGGGUCCCAGCUGAGUGACGAAGCGGUGGAGGACGGACUAUUUCACGAGUUUAAGCGCUUUGGGGAUGUAAGUGUCAAAAUCAGUCAUCUCUCAGGUUCUGGCAGCGGGGAUGAGCGGGUAGCCUUUGUGAACUUCCGGCGGCCAGAGGACGCGCGGGCGGCCAAGCAUGCCAGAGGCCGCCUGGUGCUCUAUGACCGGCCUCUGAAGAUAGAAGCUGUGUAUGUCAGUCGGCGCCGCAGCCGCUCCCCUUUAGACAAAGAUUCUUAUCCUCCGUCAGCCAGCGUGGUCGGUGCCUCUGUAGGUCACCGGCACCCCCCUGGAGGAGGAGGUGGAGGCCAGAGAUCACUUUCCCCUGGUGGCGCUGCCUUGGGAUACAGAGACUACCGGUUGCAGCAGUUGGCGCUUGGCCGCCUGCCCCCUCCACCUCCUCCACCAUUACCCCGAGAGCUGGAGAGAGAACGAGACUACCCGUUCUAUGAGAGAGUGCGCCCAGCAUACAGCCUUGAGCCAAGGGUGGGAGCUGGAGCAGGUGCUGCUCCUUUUCGAGAAGUGGAUGAGAUAUCACCCGAGGAUGAUCAGCGUGCUAACAGGACGCUUUUCUUGGGCAACCUAGACAUUACUGUGACAGAGAGUGAUUUAAGAAGGGCUUUUGAUCGCUUUGGAGUCAUUACAGAAGUAGACAUCAAGAGACCUUCUCGUGGCCAGACCAGUACUUAUGGCUUUCUCAAAUUUGAGAACCUAGACAUGUCUCAUCGGGCCAAGGUAGCAAUGUCUGGCAAAAUUAUAAUUCGGAAUCCUAUCAAAAUUGGUUAUGGUAAAGCUACACCCACUACCCGCCUCUGGGUAGGUGGCCUAGGACCUUGGGUGCCUCUUGCUGCCCUGGCACGAGAAUUUGACCGAUUUGGCACCAUACGCACUAUAGACUACCGAAAAGGUGAUAGUUGGGCAUAUAUCCAGUAUGAAAGCCUGGAUGCAGCUCAUGCUGCCUGGACCCAUAUGCGGGGAUUCCCACUUGGUGGCCCAGAUCGUCGCCUUAGAGUAGACUUUGCAGACACAGAACAUCGUUACCAGCAGCAAUAUCUGCAGCCUCUACCCUUGACUCAUUAUGAACUGGUGACGGAUGCUUUUGGACAUCGAGCACCUGACCCUUUGAGGGGUGCUCGGGAUAGGACACCACCCCUACUAUACAGAGAUCGCGAUAGGGACCUUUAUCCUGAUUCUGAUUGGGUGCCACCUCCACCCCCAGUCCGAGAACGCAGCACUCGGACUGCAGCUACUGCUGUAACUGCUUAUGAGCCACUGGAUAGCUUGGAUCGAAGGCGCGAUGGCUGGUCCUUAGACCGGGACAGAGGUGAUAGAGAUAUACCCAGCAGCAGAGACCAGCCUAGGAAGCGUCGGCUGCCUGAGGAGAGUGGAGGCCGACAUCUGGAUAGGUCUCCUGAGAGUGACAGACCACGGAAACGUCACUGCGCUCCUUCUCCUGAUCGCAGUCCAGAACUGAGCAGUAGCCGGGAUCGUUACAACAGUGACAAUGAUCGGUCUUCCCGUCUUCUUCUCUUGGAAAGGCCUUCUCCAAUCAGAGACAGACGAGGUAGUUUGGAAAAGAGCCAGGGUGACAAGCGAGACCGUAAAAACUCUGCUUCAGCUGAACGGGAUAGGAAGCACCGGACAGCUGCUCCCACUGAGGGAAAAAGCCCUUUGAAAAAAGAAGACCGAUCUGAUGGGAAUGCACCCAGCGCCGCCAAUACUUCAUCAAAAUUGAAGUCCCCUUCCCAGAAACAGGAUGGGGGGACAGCUCCUGCAGCAGCAGCCUCUCCCAAACUCUGUUUGGCCUGGCAGGGCAUGCUUCUACUCAAGAACAGCAACUUUCCUUCCAACAUGCAUCUCUUGCAGGGUGACCUCCAAGUGGCUAGCAGUCUUCUUGUGGAGGGUUCAACUGGAGGCAAAGUGGCCCAGCUCAAGAUUACUCAGCGUCUCCGAUUGGACCAGCCCAAGUUGGAUGAAGUAACUCGACGCAUCAAAGUGGCAGGGCCCAAUGGUUAUGCCAUUCUUCUGGCUGUACCUGGAAGUUCCGAUAGCCGAUCUUCCUCUUCAUCGGCAACAUCGGACACUGCCACCUCUACUCAGAGGCCACUUAGGAACCUUGUGUCCUAUUUAAAGCAAAAGCAGGCAGCUGGGGUGAUCAGCCUCCCUGUGGGAGGCAACAAAGACAAGGAAAACACCGGGGUCCUUCAUGCCUUCCCACCCUGUGAGUUCUCCCAGCAGUUUCUGGAUUCCCCUGCCAAGGCACUGGCCAAAUCUGAAGAAGAUUACCUGGUCAUGAUCAUUGUCCGUGCAAAACUGGUGAACAGCGGAUGAAGAUAUGGAAUUCAAAGCUCUAAUGGACCUUUUUGAAGAGAAGUUGUGGCUUAUGUGGAGUUUACAUGGGCCUCUGAUGGAAGAAAGCUAAUCUGUUUAGUAUUUGUGCAUUUUACUAAAAUGGCAGCUUAACAUUGUGUAUCUGCUAUUGUGAUGCCAAUGCCGGUGUUUUAAGUGGAAAAAAAAAAUGACCUCUUUGCUUUGUGCUGUGUACACAAGAGUUCUGGAAAAGUAAAGAAAAACCCUUUUUAUGGCUCACACAGCUUAAAAGUAGCUGUCACUCAAACGUGCGCUCACAGUUGAGCUGCUUUUGUUUUAUUCUAAAUAAAUUGUUUCUUUUGAGGAAAA